UUGUAAUAAACGCGAUUGAUCAAUGGCAAAACCAAUUAUUAUGCAUCCAAAGCGUUCUGUAUAAUUUUUUAACUUUUUGCGAAACGUCUUGUUGCAUUAGAAGUUACUAAAUCCGGAGUUCAUGAUGAGGUACUAUUCCACCCAGACCCUUAGAGGGUUUGACUCCUACAAGUACCGUGCCUUAGACACCAGUCCUCUCUCCAUCUAUGUCAUGCACCCUUUUUGGGACAGAGUCGUUACUCUAGCGCCACCUUGGCUGGCCCCAAAUACUCUAACAUUCCUCGGAUUCAUAUUGGCUGCCAGUAACUUUCUAAUUACGUGCUAUUAUGACUGGUACUUCUAUGCUAGCUCGCCCACUCAUCCGGAAGUGGCGCCUAUUUCGAAGUGGGUGUGGCUUGUGAUGCUAGUGUUUCAUUUUGGAUCUCACACUUUGGACGGGAUAGAUGGCAAACAAGCUAAAAGGACGAAAUCUUCAUCCCCUCUAGGAGAGCUGUUUGACCAUGGAGUGGACAGUUUGUCCACAGUGUUCAUGCCUGUAGCCAUCUUCUCCGCCUUCGGAAGGGACCAUGCUCACGGAGGAGGCACAAUAGAGAUGCACGUGAUCACUUGGUGCAUAUUCUUCACAUUUGCACUGUCCCAUUGGGAGAAGUACAACACACAGGAAUUGUACCUUCCCUGGGGCUAUGACCUUGCUCUUUUGGGCAUAGCUUUAGUCUACUUACUCAGCGGCUCAAUUGGAGUUCACCUUUGGCAGCGGGAUGUGAUCCCUGGAUAUUCAGUCGUGUCAUGUCUAACAAUCAUAGUAGUGUUCGCGAACUUCGUCUUAUCUUUUCCAGUAUCUCUCAAUAAUAUAUACGCCAAGUACUCACCAGUCAAUCAAUUGAAGUAUGGAUUUCUAGACGGCAUGGCGCCUUUGUUGUCAGUGGCGUUGCUCGCUCUGUUUUCUACCAGUUGGCUCUUCUUUUCACAGAAUAACAUCGCAAAAAUGGAGCCCCGUCUGUUUCUCUGGCACCAAGGGGUUCUCUUCUCCAGUCACCUCUGCAGGGUAAUCAUUGCCCAGAUGACCUCCACCAAAGUACAGCUACUCAACUGGAUGAUGUACCCCUAUAUACUUAUGGUUUCCUGCCUCCUCUUUCUUCCUCCGCAAAUUGUGACGUCAUCACUAGAGCUGAACACAUUGUACAUUUUUUCUACUCUUGUAACGAUGGCUCAUCUUCAUUUUGGAAUCUGUGUCGUGAGGGAAAUUGCAGAGUCUCUGAACGUGUCUGUAUUCUCAAUCCGAAAGUCAAGAGUUAGCUAGAUUUUGUAGCUCGCAGAAAUAGCUAAAGCUCAUCAAUCAUGAAGCUUUUAGCAGUAAAUUAUAAAUGCAACAAUGCUUGUGCUUUAUGCUUGAAAUGAAUGCUAGCCUAAAUCGUUGUAACUUGUUUGCCACAAUCAUUUUAAUGAAUUAUGUAUUUUGGAAUACAUUUAUGAAUUUUUCUUUGUAAUGUUUUGUCAUUGCGUUUCGAUAUUUUGUCGAAAAUAAAAAUUUCAGUAA